GUUAAGCCCAAGGUUCCCGAAACCUUGGUUCCCCUGAGAAAGCUCCAAGUUCACAUAAAAAAUGUCCCUAAUGCUGCGGAUCGAGAGGCUGAUUUAUCGGAAGCUUUAAAUAAUGCCAGAAAUGCUAAAGAAUAUGUAAAGAUCUACGCUGAUGCAAACAGAAUGCCACUUUCUUAUAAAACUGAUAGAAUAGGUCAGAAGCGUAAAGGUUAUCUCUCUAAACUCUUUCUCGGUGAAAAGACAUUUAAAUCAUAUCCAGAAGAUGCUAGCACCCCAGAAGCCGCUGAAGAGGAAGCAGCUAAAAAAGCCAUGACAGACAUCAAGGACAGCAGAGCUCACUUGGCUUUACACCCUGAAACAGCUUAUGGCAAUGCAGAAGAAAUUCAAACACUUCUUGGUAGAAUAGAGGAGAUUGUAUGGGAGAAGCCAUCUGGUAUGUUUACAAAUGGAAUAAUUUCCGAAUACGAAAGCAAGUACCAAGAGAGAUUACCCAGCUGCUGGAUGGAUCUUUUAAAAGAAAGCACUGCUGUUGAAAUUGAAGCACUAGAAAUUGAAUGUGGUAAUGUUCCUAAAGGAGCUCAAUUUAUUGUUCGUCCAUCCAAGGAGGCAUCAUCUGGAAAUGUCACUCCUUCUAGUUCAUCUAGUAAGAGUGAGUUUCCCAAUGAAGUUUUUGAUACAAAAGUCCUGCAGAAAAAUCUGGUUGAAAUAUCAGUACCCCAUGUUGACGAAAUUCAAAUUCCAGCUGGAAAUGAAUGGCAGCUGUACAUUUGUUGUGUUAAAGAUGUCAUAUUCGCUCGUCUUCUGGACUAUGAUGAAGAUUUUUGUGUCUUGAGUGAUGAAAUGAAAGAAUUUUAUCAUCUAAAAAAGUAUCCUGUAAAAGAUGUUUUUGAAAGCCAAGUAUACGCAAUUUGUGAAGAUGAUCCAAAUAUAUGGCAUCGUGCAAUAGCUGUGGAAAUAAAAGAAGAUCUGGUAUGCUGCUAUCUUGUUGAUGUAGGGGAAUUUGUUACUGUUGAAAAAGACAAUAUUCAAGAAAUAUUCCCCUCAUUUUUGGCUCUUCCUUUUCAAGCUUUCAUGAUAAACCUUGAUGGUUUAGAAGACUAUGAAACUUUCAUCAAGUUAGAAUUCUUGGAGAGCAAUUUCCUUGGCCGUACUCUAAUUGCUGAAGUGAGACGUUGGUGGCCUGUUCCAGAUUGGCUUCCUGAGAAUUCUGGGAUACAUAAGGUGGGAUACUCUGUGGUAUUGUACGACACAUCUGAUAAUGAAGACAUAAAUAUGAAUGAUUACCUAAAGGGUGUUGUGUUGUCUUCUUUACCUUGUGAAUUGCCAAAGCAAUCUAUUUCAUCCUGUGGUUAUCUGACUCACAUUACACCCGAAGGGAAAAUUUAUUUCCGAUUCUCACACCCUGAAGCAAACCUGCUUGAACUUGAGUUGGAAAAGUUUGUUACCACUUUUGAGGUUUCAGCUUUAAGAAAAUCUGUUAUCUCACCAAAUACUGUUUAUGUUGCAAAAUGUUCCGAUGGAAAAUGGCACAGAGUAAAUGUUUCAGAGGAAGUUGACCCUGAUUCAAACAUAAUUAAAGUUUGUCUGAUGGAUUUUGGAAAUACAGAAUCUGUCAGUUCAUCAAAUAUCUGUGAACUUGAACCAGUCUGUCCCUAUUUAGUUUCUGUUCCAUCUCAGGCAAUAAUUUGUGAAUUGUUUGAUGCCUUACCAUCACCAAAUGCCUCAUGGACGGAGAUGGCAACUCUGAAACUGAGAGAGAUGGCUCCGGCUCAUGAGGAGAUCAUGAUUCGGGUGAUGUUUGCUCAGCAUGACAGCAGUUUACCUAAAGUUAAUCUUUAUAAAAGGAAUAAGGAUUCUGAAAUAGUUACUAUUAAUCACACUCUCUGCUCAAGACCUGAACUGUUUAAAACCAGUCUUGAACCUAUUGCUCCUCCCAAAGUGCCUUCCACAUUGCCACUCCACGAGCACAGGUAUCAGGCUUCCAGAAAUUUUCCUCUUUUCAAAGACAUUCCAGAUGUGGCACUUCCUGCUGAAGUACAACACAUGGCAAAAAAAGCGGUUUCUAGCAGUCCAUCUUCUGAUCAAAUAAACUGGCUAAUGACUCCAGAUGCUACCAAAAGUCCAGAAGGAUACGAAGACCAGAGCCAGAGCCCCAUUUCAUUGAGUCCUCCUGAAAUUCCACCAAAAGGAAAAGUCUUUGAUGUUAUGGUUUCUCUGGCAGCACAUCCACACAAUUUCAUUAUUCAACCUUUAAGUACGUGGAAUAAUUUGACAGAUUUAGGAAGGAAGAUGGAGGAGUUUUAUAGCAAUGAAGAAGAAUAUUGUGAAAUUCCUCUGAGUCUACUCAAAGAAAACAAUUAUUAUGCUGCUUUGCAUGCGGAUGGAUGUUGGUAUAGAGUUUGUCUGCAAAAUAUUAUUCCUGGGAAUCCUAUUAUGGCUGUAGUCUAUUAUGUGGACUAUGGAGAGAUCAGCCCUGUGAGCAUAUCCAAUCUCCAGCAUUUAUACUCCAAGUUUAAGCAAUUGCCCUGCCAAGCAAUUAAAGCUUCAUUGUAUGGAGUGAAGCCUCUAGAAAUUGAUUGGGAUCCCAUUCACUGCAUUAAGUUUAAAGAGAUGGUGGAAAACAAACCAUUCGUCGCUUUAGUCGAAGAUUUCCUUGCCAAAACCGACCCUGUGUUUCCCUCCGUCAGAGUAUCUUUGAUUGAUACUUCUGUUGAAAACGAAGACAUUUAUGUCCAUAAAAUUUUAGUCGAAAGUGGCAUUGCCAGAAUGAGCUAAAAUGAGAGUGACUAUCAUCUUCCAUCCUGUUAUAGGAUUGUUUACGAUAUUGCGGUUUAUAAUUUACAUCAAGGAUUUGAGUUUGGGAAAUGCUCCAGGUACCUAGUCUUGUGGAGAGGGUCAGACUACUCUUUUUUCUUUAUAUUUUAGAGUUUUAAUUGUCUUAUGAUAUCGUUAGUGGACACCAAAUUUUGUUUCAUUUUUAUGUUGGACUGUUGUCUGUACAUGUAUAUAGCUGUAAGCUAUUUGUUCAGGAAAUCAUUUAAACUGAAAAUUAGUUUCUUUUUAAUUCACAUUAAAAUGUAAAAGAAAAUUCAUUUCAUUGUUUUAAUUAUUUCUGAUAACCUUAAAAUAGUAUGAUAGAACUGCAUGUUGUGCUUCUCUACAGAAUAUUAUUAAUGAAUAAUAAUUCAUAUUUUAUUGAAAAAAUGAGCUGUUUUACAUAUAAAUGUGGGCUCAAAUCUGGAUUGUAGUUUUCAAUUUUGAAAAUACAAAGAAAGCAUAACUAGAAAACUUUUAUUUCGUACAUGAUUACCUUAAAUAUAUCUUUUGCAAUUUCGUAUUUUAAGUUGUUUAUUAGAUUGGUCAAUGCAAACUACAAUUUUUUAAAACCAAGUUGCAUCGUUAAACAAUGUUACAUUUCAUGAUUUGAAGUCUAUUUUGCUGAAUGAAUGUCAUUAUUAAGUUCCAAAUGCUAAAAUUAGCUUAAAAAUGUGCCUUCUUUUUCAAUGUAUGAAAAUUUGUCUAUAUUAUAUCAAAAAUCAUUUAUUAUUGGAUUGUGAAUCCUUUCCAAAUAAAGUAUAAAGUAUUUAUUGUCUUUUUGAACUGUAAGCCUUAUAUUUUCUUGUUUGGCAACUUAUUUUUUACUAUUAUUAUUAGUUUAAAAUUUUAUUUUGAAACAAAGUUCCUGUUUCCUUGUAAAAAGUUAUGUUAGGCUGAGCUAAUCUGACCCUUCUUCUGGGAUUAAAUGGAGAUUUUAAAAAGAGCUUUUUAUAUUAUCUGUGAUAUGUGAUUCAUCUUAUUGCAAACUUGAUUUGACAAGGUUAUAACUGCUUCUUUCAAAUUAGUAGGCACUUGCAUAAAAAUAUUAAUUUCCUUCAAAUUUUAAUUUUUUUGAUUGGUAAAGUGUUUAAUAUUUUUUUCUGAAAAUAGUCGAGAAAUAGUAUCCUUAGUCGAGAUAAUUAGAGUUUAAAUUUUUAUCAAAACUUUAGUAGCUGUUAAAACAAUCUUGCAGUUAGAACUUUUGACGAAUCAAUUUUGUGGUAUUUCCCUGAACAGCCCUAAAUAAUUGUGAUACUGUUUGGAAAAGUAUAGAGUAUUAUAAAUUGCAACUGUGGGGCAGUAUGAAUCAAAAGUUCAAUCAAAAUGGUGAAGUCAUGUGUGAAUAGUUUUUAAUGUUAAUGUUCUGAUCUCUCUUCUGAACAUAUAUUUUCCCUUGGUAAGAUGUCCUGGUUGAAAAUGGAUGGACAAAAUGAAGAUUAUUAUUUUGAUUUAUUCACAUUCAAAUAAUUAUGUUCUUUCCAUUUUAUUAAUCUUUUAAUUGAUUGUAUUUUUUCCCUGAAAGUCAAAUGGUGCAUUGUAUUUAGCAUUCAUAAAAUAAUUGCUGCAAUAUAGCUUUAUCAUUGCCAUUCUUAGUUUGGCAUCAUGUGCAUGUUCUGUACAUUUUAUGUCAAUCUCAGUCCUAAAAUGCAGAAGUGCUUAGAUCAAUUACAUAAUCCAGGUUUGUUUUUAAAAUGUUUUCAAGUUGUCUAUAAUUUACUUAAUAUUGUAUUCCAAGUUUUAUAAAUGCUUUUUGCAUUUCCGAAAUAUUUGCUGAUUUGAAUGUCAUAAUGUUCUGUACAUUUUUGUCAAUCUAAGUUCUAAAAUUCUGAGCUACAAAGACUAUAUAAUCCA